AUGUCGGACGCGGUGAAGACCUUUCUGCAAGCCGCCAACGGGCUCGCAGACUCCAUCGAGAACGAAGACGACCGAGUCAGGGUUCUUUCUGCGCUACAUGAGCUUGUCGGCAAGAUCGAGUCGCCGUGGGACACCCUUGUGAGAUUGUCUCUGAGUCAACCCAUGACAUCAGCCGCGUUGAAAGUACUCAGAGAUUUGCGACUCUUCGAGCGAUGGCAACAGAACGGAAACUCGCCGAUGACAAGCGCCCAGCUGGCAGGCCUAGCUAAUGGCUGUGAUGCCGCCCUUCUUCAUCGACUACUCCGCCUCUUGGCGGCAAACCACCUUGUUGAGAUGACACCCGAUGGGAAAUACAAGCCGACUCGGUUCUGCAUGAAGCUCGCCGAGCCGGACUUUGGCAUAACGGCCGAGUUCUAUCGCCAAUACUUCAUUCCCAUGUGCACCCACAUGCCGGAAUUCUUCGCCAAAACAGGCUACCAGAACCCCAGAAGGAGCCGUGUCACCAUCUUUGACUCCACUUUCAACUACGGGGGCGGGCUUUUCAAGUAUCUCGAGGAGCACCCCGACCAGGGAGAGACCUUCAACGUCGUGCAGAAGACGUCGACGUCGAUCCAGGCCAGGUGGACUUCGAUCUACCCCAGCCACAGGCUCCUCGACUACGAUCCGAAGCUGCCCCUCCUCGUAGAUGUAGGAGGCAGUGCUGGCCAGGAUAUCCAGUGCUUCUAUGAGAAAUAUCCCGAGACCGCGUCCGGGCUGUACCUCGAGGACCUCCCCGCCGUCCUCGCGGACAAGGCUUCCCCUCUCGCCAGGGGUAUCAACAAGGUCCCGUACGACUUCUUCACCCCCCAGCCCAUUAAGCAUGCCCGCGCCUACUACAUGCACCAGAUCCUCCAUGACUGGCCCGACAGGCCAGCCCGUAAGAUUCUCGAGAUGCAAAAAACGGCCAUGAGACCCGGGUACAGCAGGAUCCUAAUCCACGACCAUGUGAUCAACGACAACGGACCCGUCCACCCACACGCCGCCAGCUUUGACAUGGGCAUGAUGGCUUUUGGGUCUGCGCAAGAGCGUACGGAGAAGGAGUGGGAGGCGUUGAUCACUUCGGCCGGCCUCAGAAUUGUCAAGAUCUGGAGGAUUGCAUCCGCGGCCCAGGGCGUCAUUGAAGUCGAUUUGCCUCUGGAGAGGUCCAAGCUGUAG